AUGCGUCAGAAGCACGAGUCCACUCGGUCCCACCUGCGCGAGCACCUGACGUGGACCCUCCUUGCAGCUGCCACCCUCACCUCCUUCGGCUCCUCCAUGCCGUACGGCUACAACCUGGCAGUGGUGAACUCCCCGACCCAGUACAUCAAAGCUUUCUACAAUGACACCAUCCUGGAGCGUUACAACAUGACCAUGAGCGCCGACAACCUGGUGCUGCUCUACUCGGCCACGGUCUCCGUCUUCGCUGUGGGUGGGAUGUUCGGUGCUUUCGUCGUCGGUCUACUGGUCUCCAAGCUGGGUCAGAAGGGCACGCUGAUGUACAGCACAGUCCUGGUGUUCCUGGCCGGGCUGCUGAUGGGGUUCAGCAGGCUGCUGCACUCUCCGGAAAUGGUGAUCCUGGGGCGCUUCGUGACCGGGAUCCACUCAGGUAUCUCACUCAGCGUUGUACCAAUGUACUUAGGAGAAAUUGCCCCUAAAAACCUGCGGGGGCUCCUGGGCUUAAUCCCCACCAUCUUCAUCUGCCUGGGCAUUUUUGCUGCCCAGAUUCUGGGUCUGCGGGAAGUGAUGGGAGAGGAGCAGCACUGGCCUCUGCUGCUCUCCCUCAUUAUUGUGCCAGCCCUGUUUGAGCUCUUCUUCCUGCCUUUGUUCCCGGAGAGUCCACGGUACCUGAUGAUUCAGAAGAAGGACCACUCUGCCACAGUCAAAGCCCUGAUGUGGUACCGGAGUAACUACAAUGUGAAUGUCCAGGCAGAAAUUGAGGAGAUGCAGGAAGAGCAGCUGUCCUUGGUGUCCCUGGAAACUGUCACCGUUUGGCAGCUCCUGACUGAUGGGUCUGUACGCUGGCAGCUGGCAUCCACCAUGGUGAUCAACAUUGGCAUGCAGCUCUCUGGGAUCGAUGCGAUUUGGUUCUACACCAGCAGCAUAUUCGAGCACGCUGGGAUUCCGGAGACAUACAUCCAGUACAUCACCGUAGGCACAGGGGUCAUCGAAGUGGUGGUAGGACUGAUCGGGAGUUUAAUCAUCGAGAGGGUGGGGAGACGCCCGCUUCUGAUUGGUGGAUUCAGCUUCAUGGGAUUGUCCAGUGCCGGCAUAACGAUGACGUUACUGGUUCAGGUUCCCUGGAUGCACUACGCUAGUGUCGCCUGUGUGGUGGGGAUCAUCACCGGCUUCUGCAUCGGACCAGCGGGCGUCCCCUUCCUGAUGACAGCAGAGCUGUUCACCCAGUCCCACCGGCCGGCGGCCUACAUCGUGGGAGGCUCCCUCAACUGGCUCUCCAACUUCACCGUGGGCUUUGUCUUCCCCUUCCUGCAGAUGUCUGCCGGUGCCUACUGCUACCUGGUCUUCUGUGGCAUUUGCUGGCUCGUCUGCAUCUAUGUCCACUUGGUCAUUCCUGAGACCAAGAACAAGACCUUCAUGGAGAUCAGCCAGAUGUUCUCUGUCAGUCACCCAGUGUCAAGUUCGUCCAGGUCCCGCAUGUCACCCGAUGAGCUCCAGCUGAAGAAGUUCAGUGGAUACGGGACGCUAGAUUCUAGUUCUUCAUUCAUUGAGAGUUCCAGAUUUUUCUAG